UCGCGCCGCUGAGGCCGCGCGCGCCAUGCAGGCCCCGCCGGCCCGAGCCCCGCGCGCCGGGCCCGCCCCAGCCUCUCCCCGGACGCGGCGAGGCUGCACGAGGAGCAGGAAAAGGUGGUCACUAACUGCCAAGAGAAAAUCCAGCAUUGGACGAAGGUAGAUAAUGACUAUAAUGCCCUGCGAGAAAGACUCAGUACCUUGCCUGAUAAGUUGUCUUAUAAUAUUAUGGUACCAUUCGGCCCGUUUGCCUUCAUGCCGGGAAAACUCGUGCACACUAAUGAAGUCACUGUUUUACUCGGGGACAACUGGUUUGCGAAGUGCUCGGCAAAGCAGGCCGUAGGUUUAGUUGAGCACCGGAAAGAACAUGUAAGAAAAACAAUAGAUGAUUUAAAAAAAGUGAUGAAAAAUUUUGAAUCCAGAGUUGAAUUCACAGAAGAUUUGCAGAAAAUGAGUGAUGCAGCAGGGGAUAUUGUUGACAUAAGAGAAGAAAUUAGAAGUGACUUUGAGUUUAAAGCAAAACACCGAAUUGCUCAUAAACCCCAUUCCAAACCAAAAACUUCAGAUACUUUUGAAGCAGAUUUUGAAAAUGAUGUAAAAUCCAAAGAUUUGCUUGCUGAUACGGAGCUGUGGGCUCGGCUUGAAGAGCUGGAGAGACAAGAAGAACUGCUGGGUGAACUUGAUAGCAAGCCCGACCCCGUGGUUGCCAACGCAGAGGACGCAGCCUCCUCUGAGGAGGAGAAGGACGAUGGAAGCACACACGAGGGAGUGACUCAUCGAGUGACAGUCCCGCUCGCUCCCGGCAGUUGUCACGAGGGCGUGACAAGUUCAGAACUGUUCAAUGGUCACACGGAUAGUCAGUCGAACUGUUCAGUGAAUGGCUCAGAUUCUCAUCACAGUGAUGAUGAUGACGACGACCACAAUGGUGACGGUGACCAUGACGCUUCAGGGCUCGGAGACGACUCUAUACCAACAAUAUACUUUUCGCACACUGUGGAGCCUAAGAGGGUCCGAAUAAAUACUGAAAACACCACUUUAAAAUUCAGCGAAAAGAAAGAGGAAGCCAAACGCAAGCGGAAGAGCAGCUCGGGUGGCCACUCGGCCCGGGAGCUGCCCGCCAUCAGGACUCCAGCUGACAUUUACAGAGUCUUUGUGGACCUGGUGAACGGAGAGUGCGUGCCCCGCAAGUCCAUCCUGAAGUCGCGGAGCAGAGACAGCGUGUGCAGCGACACCAGCGAGAGCAGCGCCGCCGAGCUGAGGAGCCUCAGCUGCGAGGACGGGGCGGCAGCGACGGCGGCGAGGGCGCUUGAGGAGGAGCCUCAGCGGGGCGGCCACCAGAAGAAACUCCUGCCCUCACCGGGGACGCACGAGGCUUUCUCUGGAACGGUGAUAGAGAAAGAGUUUUUAUCGCCCACCUUAGCGCCCCACCCGGCCAUCGCGCUCCCCACCAUUCCAGAACGGAGAGUUCUGUCUGAGGCAUCAGAAGAAACUGUAAAGAGGGUUUCAAAGUUCAAAGCUGCCAGACUGCAACAGAAAAACUAGGCCCUGCCUGGGAAAUGGGAAUUCACAUCCUAAAACCCAGCGGUGCACUUGUUGAGAGCACACGUAACAGAACAUGUUACGUGUUGUUGGAAGUGAGGCUUCCUAAGUUAGUUUGGCAACAGGUUCUUCUGCCCUUAUCUGUUUUAUUUAAAAAAUCAAAGUAAAUGUUUGAAUACUUCAA